CGAGAUUGAUGGAUGUCAUGUACCAUUUUGUCUCCACUGUCUUUUUAGUAGUUCACACAACUACAUAUGGCCUUCGCAGUCUUCCAAACUCAUGACCUUGGAGGACAGAUGCGGUUGCAGUGUGCUUGCGAGUCAUAUUUACAAUGCGUUAGGAUCCAUGUUUGAAGAUCAUCGUCUGAUCCAUGUUAGUCCCAGAAUAGUGAAUAAACUAGUAGAUUUCAUACGUUAUGGACCGGAGAAUAUGCAAGUUGUUUGUGAUUUUGAUCACACAUUGUCCAAAUACAUUCACAAUUCUGAGAAGGUUCCUGUUUGUCAUGAAUUGUUCAUGAAAAAUCCUAGAAUUCCUGAGAUAUCUAGAUUACGGCUCAAAGAGCUUCUGGACCUUUAUUUACCGCUUGAAACGUCUUGCUGCAUAUAUGAGUGCGAGAAGUUGUCACUCAUGAUGGAAUUUUGGAAAUUGGCCCAUAAAGCAUUGGUUGACGGGAAUGUAUCUCGAAGUGAUAUUGAUGGUUGUGUUUUGGAAGGUGGAAUAGUUCUAAGGAAUAAUGCAACUGAUUUUGUAAAUAAGUUGGCUGAACUCAGCAUACCACUAAUUGUAUUCUCUGGAGGCAUAGGAAAUGUUAUAGAAACAGUUCUGACAUCGUCAGGUGUAUCCUUGGAAAAUGUUCGUGUUGUUUCAAAUUUUAUGGACUUCAAUCCUGAAGGUCGUUUGGUUGGAUUUCAAGAUCCCGUUAUUCAUUCUCUUAAUAAAAUGUAUAAUGUAAUACAAAAUUCUGAAUAUUUUGAAACCAUUCUGUCGAAAAGAAUUUGCAUUCUGCUUAUUGGUGACUCAACUAAUGAUGCAAAGAUGAUUGAUGAUGGGGAAAAGUUUUCUUAUGAACAAGUUAUAGUUAUUCGUAUAGGAUUUUUAAAUGAAAAAGUAAGUGUUUUUAGGCUCAAUAUUCUUUUACAAAUGGAAUCUAUUCUUUUGUAAAUUUCUUGUGAACGUGGAUUUCAGCUAUUGAUAUUAAAACUGUCUGUAUCUAUAAUUUGAGAGAAGUAGUAAAAAAACGUUUGACUUAAUUUCAUAGGAUUGUUGAAGUUCAUAUGUAAGAUAUCUUCAAAACUUCAGUAAUUUGAGAUAUGUUCCACUGAUACAUUGUAUUGAUGAUUCGAGACUGUAGUUAGAACAAUGUUCAGUUUUCGACUAAUCUGGUGUUAAAUCAAACAUGAAUAGAGGCUCAUUACUUUCAGGUGAGGUGUUUUUACUCAAGGCUCAUAAAAUAAUGAAAAUAAAAAUGAAAUAUUAACUUGAAAGUAAUCUCUCUAUAUAUUUAAAUUCAAUAAAAUUAACUAAUAAGCCUGAUGUUACUCAAGUGACUUUCUAAUUUGUAUUCAAUGGUUAAGAAGGUGUAAAUAUAACCAGAAUAUCUUGUGUAACAUAGUGUGUUCAAGUCAUGUUUAAUUCUUUUUGACUUUUUAAAACAGCCUUUGAUAAAAUAGUUAUUGUUAUUACAGUGUGGUAAGCAUUUAUAGUUUACUUUGGAGAUAUUUUUAUAAUAGUUACAUUAUUUCUCAUUUGAAGACAUAUGGUUCAACGAUUUAAGCACUUGAAUUUAAGGAGGUUAAUACCUACCUCUUACCGUCGCAUGAUAUGUGACAAACUUGUACUUAUCAAUUAUUACUUAUUUUUGCGCUGAUAUUAUCGUGGUGUAAGUCAUUUAUACUAAGAAGCUUCUUGAUACUGCUAUCGUCAUUGUUCUUUAAAACUCACAAACCUUUAUAUGUUGCUUUUUAAUCAAGUAAGUUUGUUACUUAACAAUUUGGUCGUCUUAUUAUAAACAAAUAUUUUGGGAACGCAGGAUUUCUAAUUUGUCUAUUACAUAAAAUAUUGAUUAUGAGAACUCUUUGUUGUCACUAUCUAUUUAAUUUAUUUUCAUUAUAAGACUGAAUAUUGUUUUGUGUUCUAACAGUGUAGUUCAGUGACUAGUACACGUUUCCUAAUACUUAUUCAACCAGAUAUGCAGAGCGUAGGGCGAAGAGUUGGAUCUAUCACAGUGUUAACAAUACGAAUGACGAGAAAGUGGAAUUAUUCAGUUCAUUAUACGAUCUGGUUCUUUUGAAUGACGAGACAUUUGAUAUUCCUUUGUUCAUCUUAUCAUCUAUCGUUGAUUCUACUGAACUAUGUAAACAUGAGAGCAACAAUGAGACCCCAAAUAUCUGACAAUAAUACUUUUAAAGAGAUGGGUGUUUCUGAUAAAAAUUGUAUUCUAAUUAUAAUAAAGUAUUUAAAUCCUUGUUUGGUUUUUGAGAAAAAUGUAUUAUUUGGUGUAGUAGCAGUACCAAAGCAUUCAAAUUCAUAAAGUUGAUGCUCGGCUAGUUGUUCAAGGGAAAUAUAAAGUGUUCUGCUAAUAAUUUUCCACUAAAUAAGAAAAAGACUCGUAAUUUAUUAAUUUGAUUGUUUGAAUUAACGGAUGACUAAUUGAAUUUUCAGUAGUGAACAUAACACAGAUUUGAGUAUAUUCUAUUUCAAGAGCCUGAAGUAAAACAAAUCGUGUGCUUUCAUCAAAUAAUCUGACUAUUCACUAUAAAAUAUUUUCUUUAACUUGGAGAUAUUCGAAGAAAGUUCAUCAAUAUUCAUUGUUGACCAUAGAGAAAAAUGUGACAAAUUCUACUGAAAAUCAUAAUUCCUAUACUUUAUUUUAGAAUAUUUCAACUAUGAUUUUCUAUUUCUACCCAUUUCAUACGAGAAUUCUGAUUGAUUUCUUCAAACAACACAAUGUAUAUGAAUCAAUUAAUUUAUUUAACUUAUCCCUUGUACGAGACUUGGUAUGGUGUUAUUUAUAGCCACAUAAAAGGCUUCUAAAUAUUUAAUUAAUAAGGUUUCGGUGUACGAUUUUUCUAGUGAACUUUCAAUGUAAUAUUUCGUCUACAUCAUCAAUCAUAGAAUAUAUCUUUUCCGUUGUUAUCAAUAUACGAAACACUGUCCAUUACAAAAGUGUUAAUUUUUGUCAAUCGUUUUUUGCAUUAAUUCUAUAAGAGAUAAAGGUCGCUAAUGGAUAGUUGAGAUUUUUGAAAUUUCAUAUUAUUUUAUUGUUGUUGGAUAAUCUGUUUGAAAACCUGAUGAAAUUUAAAGUCAUUUUAAAGAAGCAAUAUGUGAAGACCACAUAUACACUGAGAUUUUUAUAAAUUCUGGCCUACUAUUUGUUUAAUAAAACUAUUUUGUUUUGUUUUCUGAUUUAUUGGGAAAUGCCAAGUUUUAAAUCAUAUUUAUUACCGUUGCAUCUCUUCAUUGUAAUCUGUUCAUAGACAUCUUGUAAUUGAUGAUGGCUUUUGUUAUGUUUUCAACACCAUUCCAUAGUAUAUACCUUUAUUGAUAGUGCAGUUCUUCUCAUUGAUCGUAGAUAUUGAUAUUGUGAAAUCGUGAGCAAUCAUUUCUGACGUAUUAGUUGAAGGAUCACUUCCAAAUUAUCUUUCAUUUAUUUUCUAUUAUUUGGCGUAAUCAUUUACCGUAUGAUAUUUGUUCGUUGAUAAAUGGGAAUUAUGUUCUACAUUACUGAUGUCCCGAGAAAUCGCUUAAUUCAACCGGUAGUAUGGUAUUUUAUUAUUGAAGACUAAGCGGAAUAUAUUAGUCAAGUGAUACAAUGUCAUCCCAAUUAUAAAAUGUAACUUUGUG